UAAACAUCCUAUACCACAUGGACUUUGUUAGUAUCGAUAGAAGAGACAUAUUCUAUACUCUAACAUGAAGUUCAAUUAUUCAUGACCGUUUGACUGGACAUCAUGUGAAGACCUGUGAGAUUGGCAGCUUUCAGGGAAGGAGAGCUGGACAUUUGAUUUGGACAAUUGACUGUCGGGACUGCGGACAUGCGAGGUCACUCUCAGUUCCUGUUUGUCUGCUCAAGCCGCCGCGUUGUUGUCACAUUGUCGCCAUCGGCAACAGAAGUCAAAGUUAUCAUUUAUGAUCUGCUUCAGUAUUCCAAUAGCACACGAUGGAAGGCUUUGUCAUACCGCCUGCCUCUGAGGGAAUUAUUCAAAGUGAGCCAGAGAGUUAUCGGGCCCCGGCAGACUUGUACCCUUAUCUCACUAGUGUGGGGGAUGUUUAUGAAGACUACAGAUGGAGCUUCCAUUCAGAGCAUGUCCAGCCUGCAGACUUUGACCAUUUUCCAUCGAGUCAUUUAACACAGCUUCAGUGUGUGGCCCCUCAACAAAUGCAACCUUACCGCUUCAGUGCUGACGGUCAUCUUCACCUGGAGGCACCUCUCUCGGUGUUGCCACAAAUCCCAAAUUAUACCUCAUCACUAUACUAUCAGUACCAAAACCCAGUCUCACCCAUCCAGUACUACUCAGAAGAAGAACAAAGAGGUGUCAGCCCCCCACUUGAGGUAUCAGAAGGCGAGGAGGCAUCUGAAUACCACAGCCUGCCCUCAAUCAGGAAAGACACAAACGGCAAAAGGAAAAUUCGCUUGUACCAGUUUCUCUUGGACUUGCUGAGAAGCGGUCACAUGAGUGACUCGAUCUGGUGGGUGGACCAGGAAAAGGGCAUCUUUCAGUUCUCCACAAAACACAAAGAAGCCCUGGCGAGUCACUGGGGAGUCCAAAAAGGAAAUCGCAAAAAAAUGACCUACCAAAAAAUGGCUCGUGCUCUGAGGAACUACGGCAAAACCGGUGAGAUUCAAAAGGUGAAAAAGAAGUUGACCUACCAGUUCAGUGAGGAAGUUCUAAGGAGCUUCUGUACACAACUGUACUCUCACUGACAAAGAAAUUUGAUUGAUACAGUUUUGUGUGCUUGCGAUUGUAUGACUAUUUAUUUGCUUCCUAUGAGAUAUUUGCUAUAUUUACUAAAUGGUUUCAUUUGAUCAUCUUUUGACACGCAGGGAAAAAUAUUGUAAAUACCUUUUGUUGUCCCAAAUCAAUAAA